UGAGAGGUCACCAGCAUCCAACGCCAGAGAAGACCUGAGAGACAGGCCUGAGAGGUGACAGAUAGUGAGAGGCUAAUAAGGACAGGACAUGGACUAAUGGUCAGAGGGACACUCAGAGUAUUCACAACCCUCGCCUUCAUCAGCCAAGUGGGUCAGGCACUGGGGGCCAUGAUUGGGCAGGUGUACAGAUUGUCACAGCACACAGCCUGUCACACCUGUCUCUGUGGACUUUCUCUGCCUAACCGCUGUCUUAACCGCUUAUGCCACGAAGAUCUUACAUUGUCAUUGUAGCGCCAUCUUGAAAUCAGAACGAGGCCUAAUGUGCCGGUGAAGUGGCUGCCAAAGCAUUUGAGCACUGAUCAAAAGCGAGUGCGACUUCAGGGAAAGGUGUCUCCAGCCAGCAACAGGCAGUUGGUGACUGCCACCUGAAGACAGGGCGGCAGUGGGGGAGUGUGUACACUUUGUACAAAUGUUGGCUCACAGUCUCAGCUGGCAGACGACACACCACCACCCCGCAGUCGUUGGUCCGUGGCACGACGAUAGGUGGAGGAAACAGCAAGGUGUGUGUGGAGGGUCAGGGAGGGUUUGUGGUUGGUCCCCCGACUCACUAGGUGACGCGGUGUGUUUGUGUGUGACUCGUCUACCAGUGGAGCACUGCCUCCCCCUCCACCCGACACUCACACUCAUCAGGUGAGGCGGGCCGUGGACACACCCGUAUGGCGAAUAAGCUGAUGACAUGUCUGCUCGUCGUGUCUGGAGUGUACACCAUCUUAUUCUUUGCUUCGCUUUACAUCUUCUGGCAAAGACAUCACCUUAACACAAAAGAAGAAAACGAGAGAACAUGGUGGUCAGGUUUUUCAGGGCCAAAGGUCAAAAAGCAGCUUUGGGGGAAAUUAAACACCUCAUCACCUGGACAAAGUCCUUUCGUGGAGCAUGAACUUGGUAAAGACCAAGACCGUUUCCAUCAAAAUCAGCAUGAUGAAUGGCAGUUUCAUUCUAACAGGACAACUCGCCAUGGCAUCAGCCAUGGAAAGCCUCCUACCCCAGGGAAAGGAGAAAGCGCUGGUCAAACAGCAGACCGAGGACAAACCUCCACGAGUGCCAAACGUCCAGAUUCGAGGAAGGGCAGCAACUCCACGCUGAGUGUUGCGCCCCCUGUACAAGGUGGGACAACUCGCCCGCAAUUUGCCAACGGGACUCAGAUGCUGCACGUCGCCAACGCCACCUCUCUGUCCCACCGUUACCUGAUCUUCAUCUGCGACAAAAAAAGAUCGUGCGGGGGAUGGGGAGACAGACAGCGGGGGCUUCUCUCGGUCUUCCUACUGUCGCAGGUGACGGGACGACGGUUCGGGAUCAAGAUGAGCAAGCCCUGCGACCUGACGCAGCUGUACGUGCCCAACAAGUACAGCUGGAUCGUGCCAGACGAGGAGCUGCAGGGUAAGUCCGUCCGCUACUGGGACGACAUGAACGGUAGUGGCGGGUACAACCGGCUUCUGAACACCAUCGACUUCAACCAACAGUACCCUGAGGAGGUCAUCUACAUUCGCACAAACGUCGAUUACUUUUACAACCUCCGCAACAACAAAUUGUAUUAUCCCAAGAUAUUUCCUAAGUGGUCGACUAAUUCUCAAAGUGUCAUGUUCCGGAAUGGCUGGAAGAUCUUGAUGAAGCCCAGCGACCACUUGCAGGAGCAUCUAGACGCCUUCUUGUCUAAAGUCAGUUACUAUAACAGGACUCAACCUUUCGUCUGCAUACAUUUCCGGAUGGGUCGAAGCUCUACCAUGAAGAACGACGCCUUCCGCCACAACCUCACUGAGGUGCUGGACCUGUGGAGGUUUGUGGACCCGUAUGUUAACAACGGCAGCAGGUUCUUUCUUGCCACCGACUCCGAGGAGGCGCGAAACUUGACCCGGAAGCGCUUUGGCGACCGAGUGGUGGACACUGGGGGGCGCAUCGUGCACGUGGACCUGCAGGCGGCGCUGCCCUUCUCUUGCGAGGGCCUGGAGGUGGCGCUGCUGGAGCAGCUGGUGCUGAUGCACUGUGACGUGUUGGUCAUCUCCAACAGCAUGUUCAGCUACAUUGCUGCAGUGGUGCGCGGCUCCAACGACAACCUCUACCGACUCUCUAACAACGGCUUGCACAAGUUCUCUGUCUAGUACAGUCACGUGACCUAGUGGAUGGAGUUUACUGUCUUGUGUGCAGAGAAGGAAACACCAGGUCUUGAUAUGAGCUCGGUAACUGCAUCUGACAGGAAUUUAUGGAGGUAAACACCGGGUGUGCAGACUCAGUGAAUUUAGUUGUAAAUUAUUUAUAGCGGUGUGUACAGUAGUAGAGUGGGGGUGAACUGUGAUGUGUGGACUGUGAGAAAAGAAAGAGUUGUGUUGUGUAUACUGCGUGUGUAUGUGUGUUGUGAACACUGUGACAGGCGAUAGAACUGUGUGUAGUGCAAGACAAGAGUGAAUUGUGUGCACUGCUCAAAGCCAGUGACUUCCAGUUUAUUGCUGGAAAGGAGGGACUUGUGAUGUGUACUCUGCCACAGGUGAGUGAAUUAUGCUGUGGACACUGUCGACAGUAAGGUUUCAUGUUGAUGCUAGAGCGACUUGUCACGUGCACCAUGAGAACCACUUUGUGAUAGAA